UCGAAAAGGAAAAAGAAGAGAGCAACAGUUUCUCAAAACAAAGGUUGUCGAGCAACAUGCACAGAUGAUGAUGAUAAAUGAGAAGAAUUGUUUUAUUGCUUUCAUUUUACCCUUAUGAGAAGUGAAUAAAAAAAAGAAAAGAAAAGCAAAGAAACUGGAAGGGGCGCAUUCCUGGAGGCGCGCAACCGACCCCACGCCUCCAUCCGUGCACGCAGGCGCCCGCGCGCGCCCGCCGGACAACGAGCCCCCGCGCACUUGGCUUCUUCUUUUUAAUACCACUUUGGGAUAAGUUGUACACGUCACAAUAUUUUCGCCAUGAUAAUAUUGAUAGAGAUUAUGUAGUCGCCGGUGUCCGUCGUCCUCAACGCUUGGCUCGUUCAUUUCACGUUGAUUUCUUCGCGCGCUCUGCGGCGUUCGAGAUGUUUCGAUAGCGGCGACCGACCAAACUCCGCCCGAGACGCCCAAAGACGCGAAAGUUGACCGUGGGUGGGGUGGGGGUCAAAGUCCGGCAGCUCCCCGGAGACAUGCCGGAGACAUGGCCGCGCAGGAAAGUGGCCUGGCCGAGGUUCUGGUGCGGGCUCGCUGGCACAAAGUUUGGCUGCGCUUGAGCGACGACGCGCUGACGCUGAGCUGCGAGCGCCUCGACCCGGACGGGCUCGUCGCCAACGGCUCCCACCUCGACAACAACAACUCCAACAACCGGGCCCAAGCGGUGCCGGAGAGCAUCGCCAACGGGAAGCGAUGCGUCAAGGUGACCAAGCAGGACGCCGGCGGCCUGGGCAUCAGCAUCAAGGGCGGCAGGGAGAACAAGAUGCCCAUCCUGGUCAGUAAAAUCUUCAAGGGGCUGGCCGCGGACCAGACGCAGGCCCUGUACGUCGGCGACGCCAUCCUGGCGGUCAACGGGCUCAACCUGAGGGACGCGAGCCACGACGAGGCCGUGCGGGCGCUCAAGCGGGCGGGCAGGGACGUCACGCUGGAAGUCAAGUACAUGCGAGAGGCCACGCCGUACGUCCAAAAGGGUUCACCUGUGUCCGAGAUCGGAUGGGAAACCCCCCCGCCCGAGUCGCCGCGCUUGGGCGGCACUCCCGCCCCGUCGCCGUCGUCGCCCCCGCGGGCCGGCAGCCCCCCCGCUCGGGCCUCCCUGUCCCUGCAGGGCGACAGGAGACGCCUCCCGCUUCAGAUGUGUUACGUAACCCGAGCCAUGACGGCAGCGGACCCAGACAACAGACAAGUGGAGCUGCACUCCCCCGACGCCAAACACACGGUGGUCCUGCGCUUUCCGGACCAGCUGUGCGCCCUCACGUGGUUCGCCGCCGUGCACGCCGUCACAUCCGCGCUGACGCAGCGGGCACUCGCCGAGGUGAUUCGUCACGCGACCGGGUCCGGCCUCGCGGGCAGCAAAGAGAUUCGACACCUGGGAUGGCUGGCAGGGAAGCAAAGCGAGAGCGAGAAGCAGUGCUGGAAGCCCGUCCUGGUGCUGGUGACGGACAAGGACCUGCUGCUUUAUGACAGCCUGCCGCGAAGCAAGGAGGCCUGGCAGAGUCCGGCGCACGCGUUUCCUCUCCUGGCGACGCGUUUGGUGCAGUCCGGGCCCGACGCGGGUUCCCCUUGGUCGGGCACCGAGCUCUUUUUUGCCACCCGCACCGGCACCCGCCUCGGAAUCGAGACCUACCUUUUCCGGGCCGAGACCAGCAAGGAUUUGGCCCUGUGGACGCGACAAAUCGUCAACGGCUGCCACGCCGCAGCCGAGAUGAUCAAAGAAGUCAGUACGAGUUGUCUUUACCUGGGUCAAGAGUGCCGGCUGGUGAUCCACUACGAGCGGGGCUUCUCCGUGUUGCCCGAACCCAAAGUCAGAGACGGCGAGAGCCAGGACCCGGGGCCGUGGCAAACCCCGACCCAAAAACGAGUGCUCCUGUCCUACCCGUACGAAAAACUGAGGACGUCGUCCGACGAUGGCGUUCGGAUCCUCCUCCUGGACUUUGGAGGAAAAGAAGGAGAGAUUCAACUGGACCUGCACUCGUGUCCCAAGCCCGUCGUCUUUAUCGUCCACUCCUUCCUCUCUGCCAAGAUCUCCAGGCUGGGCUUGGUGGCCUGACCGCGACCCCCGAAUGGAUUCCCGUAAUUCCGGUAGAUCACGCGGAACCGGUCCCCGGUCCGAGACCCUAACCCGGUGAAUGUAGCCUCUCUUUGGUCCGAGUUAAGACGGCGAGAGUUGACGGUCAUCCGUCCGACGUUGGCAUCGGGGAGCAAAACCUCGAGCGGACGCGGUUGAAAAAUGAUCGGGCAUUACUGAGACGUUCGACGCUUUGGCUUCACUUCAUUCGUCAUCCGAUUGCAACUUUGUUUCCUCUUUGUGGCGUCGCCAUUUGUCAUCAACCAUGCGAGACCCGCAAAAAGAUAUUCUGCUUUCAGGUACUGCACGAUGAAGAAAUAUUAAACCGGGAACCGCGUUGGUCCGUUCAUCGAUGGACACCUGUUGCGAAUCGUACAGUUUAAGUGGCGCAAAAAGUACGGAAACGUCAAAACGUUGGACGUGCACAUCAAACUUCAGAGGACGUCAAAUUAAUUUAACCUGGUACUGCUUCUCGUGCAUUUUAGAUUCAUCUUGAAAGUUCACCCGUUAAACCGUAACUUUUUCACGAGUAGUCUAUGUUGGCGGACGACUCCGCUAAACGCAAAAUAUAAAAAGUUGCAUUCCGAAACCGACUGUGCUAUUACAGUGUUGAAAUUCUAUUUUUGUAGCUACGGCGUAUCGCCCAUCAUGGUAGCUAUAGCGUUGUUUCUUCAUUAAAAAAAAAAAAAACUGUCAUCAUGCCCGCAGACGAACGAGUCCCCGUCAGACGAGGACGCAAAUGUUUUCCACCAGCCGAGUCCAAGCACAAAACCGACUGACGUGAUGUUAUCUGAGUCACCCUGUAAAAAGUGAAGUACUGUAGCUGCCGGUACACGAAAGCGAAGGACUACGUCGGGUUUGCCCUCUACUGGUCAUAAAUUUCAGCGGUUCUUAAAGUGAUUAUUGUGCUUCUUGGGAACAAGAAUCCCAUAAACUGUUAUCUAUUUUUUACCCUGAUCCAAAGGUCGUCGUGUUAAUUAGUCUUUGUCAGGCAUCGAGCCUUUUCUUUUCCUUCCAGUGUCAACCGAAAAUUGGAGUUUUUGAUACUUUAAGGUGGCCCGCAUCUUUAUACUGUAUUUGAUUUCAUAUCAUGUAACUGACUGCUCAAACGGAAACAAAAUCCACCGAUUUAACCCAAACGAUCUUACCGUGGAACCUCCAAUGUCAAGCGAGUAAUCUGGAGUAUUGUAUUAUUGUAUAAUUCUUGACAUGCGCAGUACUGCUUUUGUUUCCCAAUGGCCCCGCGGUGAUAUUUUUCGGGGGAUAUUUCACGAGAUCAAAACAUCUUCGUGGCAGUUCUCUGCAACGUUUUGCUGGGGGAACAUCUAAAAAUCAGAGUACCACAGCAUCCCCUUUAAGUAUUGUUUUUUGUUCUACCGCAAUGAGGCAAUCGAGCAUUAAAAACAAAUGCGAAACUCCGCAGCCGCUUUGUUGUCGUGCCUUGGAAAUGAAAAAUCAUUUGUUGAGGAAUACCUCGCAGGAUCAACGUGGAACAACAUUCUGUCUCCAAGGACGUUUUCCCACAAUAGCAGCGAUCAUUUGAUAGUUACGGAAGCGUAUUGCCGCCACACCAAAAAAAAAAAAAAAAAAGUCGUUAUAACGUGAUGUUUCAUGUUAUACCAUACAGUGAAGCCUCGGUUCUCGAACAUCCCCGUUUUCAAACAAAUCGGUUUUCAAACUAAAAUUUCAAGAUUUUUUUGCUUCUGUUUUUGAACGAACAUCGGUACUCAAACGCCCCCGACAAAACCCAGAAAUAAAAUAUUGCGCGCGGCCAGACCAGCUGACCCACGACGCGCUUUGUUGUGAAUUCCCACGCUGCCGAAAAAAACCCGGAAAUGACAUAACACGCUCGGCGCAACGAGCGCACUUUUGUUAUUCUGUGUAACGCACCCUCUGUACACAGACGUGUCCCGGUAGUGACUUUUGUUUUUCUUCUCGUCGAGGACCACCAAAUUAACCCCCAAUCAUGGCUCCAAAGAGGUCAAGUUGCAUGUUUAAAGUCAUUCUGCACUUAAAUAAAGUUUACAAGGCCGUGGGCCGAGUCGCUCCAGAUACGGCGAUCCACUCCCGGCCUAGCGUACUCUCCUACUAAAGCAUACAUGCUAAGCAAAUGUAUUUCUCAAAUUAUUUUAUUAUAUAAAGUAUCUAAACUGCUUCUUCUACUAUGCAGUUUAUUAUCCGGAAAACCUAAAAAAAAAAAAAGCUUUAAAAAGCCAAAUUUUUUUAAGCUUGGAAUGCGUUGUUUCUUUUUCCAUUCAUUGUAAUUGGAAACAUCGAUUUGGUUUUCGAACAAAUCACUUCUCGCACUCUUUUCUGGAAUGGAUUGUGGUCGAGAACCGAGGCAUUACUGCAUGUUUCACGUUACAAUGUGGUUAAUUACACAUAACGUGAAACGUCUCAUGUUACAACGUGAAAUGAACUACAUUAUAACGUGUAAUUUAUCACAUUAUAACAUGAAACCUAUCACGUUAUAACAUGAUAACAUUUUUUGGGGUGUGGCAGCAAUAUGCAAUUAUGUAGAUAGUGGAAGUUUCACGUUUUAUUCAUUUUUUUGGGUGUUCUGUGAAUGAAUAUUUUGCAACAAACUUUGCAUCUAAUUCAAGUGAUUGUUAGGCAAUGCAACAAAUUGUACAACAGGAAGAAAUAUUUAAUAUUACAAUCAAAAGUGCGGAGUGAGAAGUUUUCUGCUGCUUUCCAAUAAUGCCUUCAUUUGUCACUCAGACUAAAAAAAUUCCAUCUUUUAAAUUCAAUGGCUGCAUAUAAAUUGCCCAUGUACUGUAUUUAAAAUGCAUUAGAUGUUUAAUUAUGCUCUUUGUCUCAUUUGUGAUUAUUGCCAAACAAUCAAUCGCCGAUUAUUUCUUUCAGGACUGGGACACGUCUCGUAUAUUUCUAGUAGUUCAAUACAUGCUGGUAUUUGAUGUUCAUUGUCAAUAAUAUUAUUUAGUAUUCAUAGUAUUAGAAUUACAAUUUAGAAAAAAAGACAAUACGUUGUGUAACGCAUAAUAUAAUUUUAUCAAUUUAUCUACUACUUACUGGUUUAUUCUUCAAAAUUAUUUUUUUAAAGAAAUUUCCUAUGGUAAAAUGAGAUUUCCCCCCCAAAAAUGUAGUAUUGUUUUUAGAAUUAAAAAAAAUAUAUAUAUAGCUUUUAAAAGAAACAUGGUCAUGUUUCAUUGGUGGGGUUUUUCCAUUUUUUUUUUCAGAAGCAAAAUGUUGCCCCAAACACGUUUUCUGAACACAACAAAGGAGGGAGGUGUGUUUUUAAUUUUUUGUUUUGGUGCUUUUUACAUAUUCGGGGGCUUCAUUUGUGACUUGUGCUUGUUUCCUGCAUUUCUGCCCGCUAAGCAGAAACGAUUCUUGUGUCCUGAACGAAUCGAUGGAUCGGCGUUUGUUGCACAAUUGAGCCUCUUUGAUAUUAUUUAGCAAUGUUCUCUCUCAAACAUGUUAAUGAACAAAAAGAAGUUUGCAGAAGUAUGCUUUUUGCUUUUUUUUUUGCAAAUCAUAAGCCACAAUUCAGCAAACUCGUGCGUGGGCCAAGGCACCAAUAAAUUGACAGCUGAAACAUUCACGGUCA